AUGACAAUUUUCACGAAAAGCGAAACCACAGAAGAAAAAAAAGUGGAGGGAGCUAAAGAAGAAACUCCAAAGGUAUGUAGUUUGAUUUCAGAAAUUGUAAUUCAAAACACAAUUUUUACAGGUUGUUGUAUGCGAAGCUGAUGAGGAGAAGCAUAUCAGCAAUUGUGGAUGGAUUCCAAUGGAAGGUGGAAAUUUUGAUAGGUGAGGAGAGAUAUUGGGUUUAAAAAAAUGAGUUGAGUUGAGAGUUUGAAAAAAAUAGGCGUAUUUUUUUGAAUAAAAAUCUGAACCCUCAUUUUAGGAACCAGGAGAAAUUUAAAAUUAUUCAAAUUCAGAUUGUUUUUUUUGCCAUUUUUUUCUGAAAGAAUGAUAUCAUUUUUCAAUUUUUAAUUUCUAAUAAUAUUACUGAAAGUACCUUCUCAUGUCAAUAAUUGUUUUUUAUUUCAAAAAAUAGUUCCUGGAUGUUUUUUUUCUAUUUACCAACAUUGUUUUCAACAAUUCGAUUUUCCGAAAAUAAUCUUUUAAAAAAUUCCACAAAUUUUCUCUUCUCUCCCCUAGCAAAAAAUGAGAAAAAAAUUAUCUUUGCCAACCGACGCACAUUUUUUUCUUUUUCUUUCUUUUUUUCCUUUCCCUAUGGGAAAAAAGCGAGACAUAGAGAGUAUUUAUUAGGCAUUUGUUGGUUUGACCAAUGUGCCUCAAUAGCUCAGUUGGGAGAGCGUUAGACUGAAGAUCUAAAGGUCACCAGUUCGAUCCUGGUUUGGGGCAAUCUUUUUUGCAUUUUUUUUGAAAAAAUAUUUUUCAAAAAAAAAACGAUGAAAAAUCUUUUUCGAAAUUUGAAAAAUUUCAGAUUUGUUUUUUUAUCAAAUAAACAUUUUUUUCAGACCAAAAGAGAAGAGAAGCUCAUCAUUCGGACCGUUGUCAAUCAUCAGAUUGUCACCAUCUCCACUCGCCAGAACUCCUUCACCAUCCCCACCAGAUUAUGACAAUGCAGUGAAUUCUCGUCGAAUGCGUCGAUGCACCAGAUUGACAUUCACACUUAUUGCCAUUUUCAGUUUUAUCAUUCUUGUCUCAUUCUUCCUUUAUCAACAAGGUCUCAUCAAGUAAGAUUUCACUUUGAAGUUUCAAAUUAUUUCAUUAAAAAACAUUUUUCUCCAGUGUUGCUUACCAAAAAGGAGUUUAUCAUGGAUGGAAUGCGGCAACAUACUCAAAUCGUGGUUUGACUGAAAAACUUUUCCAAAAUGUUGAGAUUGAUCCGAAUGAGUCGUAUGAGAAGAUUCAGGUGCCGCGAAUGGGAUCCAAUCGUCCAGCUGUAUUCUUACACGAUUUCAAGAAGGUCAGUCAAACUUCAAAAAAAUUAAAAAAUGUUUAAGUCUGGGGUUUUUUUUUGAAUAAAGUCUAGGUUAAUUUUUAAAUCACCCUGACAUUAGAGAAAUGAAAUGAUUUUCAGAACCUCACAGCCAUUGUUGACGUUAUGGGCAAAAGAUGUUUUGUCAAAGAUUUGGAUCGCAAUCGUGUUGCCUCCCCAAGAAACUUCAUCGAUAUGCUUAAAUCUAUCGAUGUACGUUGUGUUUUUGACAUUUUCCAAUCCAGGCACAACUGAAAAAGCAAAUUUCAAAUUUUACAGCCAAUUCGAGUCGAUGCAUCUUCUCAAAACACAGAUGUUGUCCGCGAAAGUUUCAAAGUCGGACAACCGUUGAAUGAAACCGAAGUUCUCGAUUUGCAAAGUCCGAUGCUUCUCCGACAUUGUGCAUUCAGACCAACUUAUAUGCUCACAAAACAACAACCAUCAAAUCGUGUCAAAAGAAGUAACAAACUUUUUUUUUUGUUAGAAAAAUUUCAUGAUUUUUUAUUUUUCAGAUAUCGACAGUAUUCCAGUUUUACAAUUCGCUUCGAUGAAUGGUAAGCUUGUUGAAGUUGACGAAGUAUCUCUUUAAACAAAACCUGGGUCGAAACAAUUUCUACAUCAUCAUCACAAUAAUUUAUUUGUCUUUCUAUCAAUUUUUGUCAAAAAAGAUACAUAUUUGAACAAUAAUUCUAUUAAUAUUAUUUAUUUUACUAAUCAAUGUUACUUAAGGUAAACAUUUAUGUUUUUAUUGUUUUUUUCUGUAUAAAAAAGAUAAUUAAUUAAUUUCUAAGAACAGCAAUUCUAUAUGAAACUAGAAAAUUCUGACAUGAGUAAUCACAACGUGAUAUUUUCUGGUGUAUUUUUCUGAUAAACCGUUUUGUGUGUGUGCUGUCCAAGUUUCCGGAAAUCAAGAUGAGACCAUCAUAAGGCGUCAAUAAGCUUGUGCGUAAAAACAAACAUGUCAGUUUUUUAUUUCUGUUUUUUAUUCUUUGCGUGUGGCAGAACUGCCCACUUUUCACUUAAAAGGCAUUUCAAACUUAUUCGCUAUGAUUUCCAAUAUGAUUAUUUAUUUAUUCGUUUUUCUAACAAUCACAGGUUUUUUUUUGAAAUUCAGCAGUUUCAUGAGAUAUAAAAAUAAGUUACAGUAUAUUGCUAUACAUCUCAUCCACCGUGUUGUCGAGAUCAUUUGGGACAAGCUGCUUGCCAAAGAAUGAUGAAUCAAAAUAGUAGAAUGUUUUCAAGAAGAUGUAACACUGAUGCUGAAUUCAGGUAAAUAUUUCGCAGAAAACCAAUGAUUGCAUUUCAUAAAGGUUGUUUUAUAUAGAUUGAUUCAAUGCUGUACAACUUGCAAUACUCCUGGUGUUGGGAUUGCUUAUGAUUUGAUUGCCAGAUCUCUCGUAUCGGAACAUUGUUUCGAUCGAUAUGGACCACAGUUUUGCUCAAGGUGAGGUUUUUUGUUUGAAAAUGUAUUGCAACUUUAGUAGUUGGCGAAAUUAGAAAUGAAUAAUUGGGAACUCAAAUUUCAGGAAAAUUUAAUCUUCGCUGAAAGCUUGGAAUUUUUUAAAGUGAAAUUUUAAUAGUUGAAAGUGCCAGAAAAUCAUUUUCGAGUAUUUCCUUUAUCUAUUUUGAAGUCUUUGAUUGUGGUCCAAAAUGAACAGUUCGGAUGAAUAAAAACAUCCUCCACGGAAAAUACUUUCUAUUUUUUUUUCAAUCUAAUACCAAUUUUUUUCAAGAUAUGUCAACAAAACUGACGUGUUUGAACCGCACAACACAUGGUCUUGCGCUGGGAAAAAUCCCCAAAUGGCAUUCAGAACUUGUCGAUUAUCUUGUGGAUACUGUAAUUUCAACGCGGUGCAUUACACUCUGGACAACGCAAUUGAGGUUUGUUUUGAUGUAUGAAAAUGUUUGUUUAUAAAUGAACAUUUUAGGCUUGUGAUAACUCGGCAACAAGUACUUUCAAUCAAAGAUGGAGAAAUAAGUUUGGACAAGAAACUGCAUCAACGUAUUCUCCAAUCGAUGUUAUCAAUUCAACAUUCUCGGGUUAUUAA